UGGAUCCGCCACUGCCCUACAGUUACUGAGUUAUAUAGAUUAUGUAUGUAGGGUCUUUUGUUGUUAAAAUGACUUGUCCCACCCUAAAAUGGCCAAAAUAAGUACCUUUGCCAUCAUACUUUGCAACUGUCCCACUCUAAAAGUCAUAAAUAUUGCCUGCAUAUUACAAGAUUUUCAUUUUUCAGAAAUGUGCUGGUUACCGGAAGUUCACAAGAACCAGUUAAGCGAAGGUAACACCGUACAACAUGAACAUGAACUGAUCACUGAGACUGCAUUGCGUAUGAAAGACAGUUUUACAUCCAAACGGCUAGCUCAGAUGUGGAAGUGGAAUCGGACCCUUUUAGUCGGGAAUUCAAUGGGAAAUUCAUUUGACAGUGAUGAUGAUGAUGAGAUUAAUUCAGCUUGUGAUCCUCCUGGACAUCCAAGUGUUUUCGACAUUGAUGAAGAUUUUGUCACUCUCUCUCUCUUGGACCAAACCAAGAAAUGAUGGUUUUAAGAAGAUUAUAGGAUAUGUCAUAGAAUACGAAGACCCCACCACUGGAGGCAGGCUAAUGACUACCCAGUAGAUGAGUGUGUUUAUGAGGUGUAGGGAUUAAAAAAAGGACAAGGAAUACAACUUCCACAUACGGGCCAAGAAUCUUUAAGGUUUUAGUGAGUCUAGUGAUGUGAUUGGUCCCAUAACUCCC